CAAUAGCAUUUAUACAAUUGUUAAUGACAAACCUAUUUCAAACUUAAUCGUCUGAUAACAGGUAGUUUAACUAACGCUGAUUAGUACCACUCUUUAAGUGUAAAUUGUGAAGUUUUAAACUUUUUUAGUAUAUAUAAAAAUAAAUAAAUAAAUUUAAAAUAAGAAGAUGACAAAAUAUACUGCCCUGGAGUCAAUAAAUAAGUCUAAUUUUUCAAGAUUAUUAUUAGCAUCGUGUGUAGUAUUUAUAAUGAUUUUUUUAUUUGCAUCACUUUCUGAUUUGAAUGAAAAAAGCGAGAGAGAAACUGAUGUACUGUCUUCAACAAUCAAAACUCCACAAAAAACUUAUAUGUGGAAAAAAUGGCUGGAAGAGAACAAUAUUGAAUGGGUUUUACCGAUAUAUCAACAAGUUUCAUCUGAAAUAUGGGUUUACCGGUGUUUGGGCAUAUUGAUUCAUCCAAACGCACUUGUCACCGCUGAACAAUGUUCUCAACCUUACGAAUCCUACGCAACUGGAGUUUUCAGCUGGAAGAGCGAUUUCACUGUUGCAUUUUUAAAUAAAAAUGAGUUGUAUAAAAUAACGUCAAUUGAAAGCCAUCUUUCGCAUAGAUUGACAAAAUUUGGAUAUAGUAAUGAACAGAACAUAAAGUGGAUCGGUAAAGAUACUGUUCCAGGCAUUGUCAUAAUGUCUUUUGAACAUCCAAUAGAUUCUGUGAGGCCAAUGGAUAUUUCGCAAUCACUGUCAUUGAAUGAUAUUUAUGAUGCAAACGUUGAACAAGAAUGUGUGCAUCUAAUAUUUAUGGAAGAUGACGAAACCAGUAGUUAUACACCCAAAAAAAUUCAGGAAAUAAUCAUGACUCGUUCUGAGCUGUUUGGUAGAUACAAUAAGACAUACGAUUACUUGUAUCAUUCAAACAAAAAUGUAUUCGUUGAAUUUAAUGCCAAUGCAAAUUUCUUCGGUACUCUUGACAAAUUGAAUCUCAAAUCAUAUGAUACACAACGAGGUUUAUUGGGCAGUCCUAUAUUAUGCCGACGAAAUGAUAGUUACUUCUCACAUUACUCGCUAGCUGGAUUAUUGACAAGUCAAUUGCAUAAUGGUUGGUAUGAAUAUUCAGGGAUAAAGCAAGAAGAAAAGUGGAUAAAAGAGAAAUUGUCUUAUUUAAAAUAAUUUUCAAAUAAGUUAUUGUGAUUAAUAGCGAUAAGAAAUAUUAUAAUUCUGAAAUAAAUCAUAUAGAUUAUAUACUCAAAGUACAUUGUUGAAUAAUAAUAUGUAUAUUAUAUACUAUCCA